AUGUUGACUGCCGAGGUCGAAGCAGCGGCAACUGAAACCCAAGAGCCCAGUGGUCCAGCAACCCUUCAGACCAGUAACAAGUCCUGCAGCCCUCGCCAAAUCCCAGUGAUCAGCGUGGUGGCGGAAGAUGAGGCAGCGCAGGGUCUUUUGAAGCCUAUGGACCUUAAUCGUGUAGUCAAACUCCUUGAAGAGACUGAAGAAAGUGACCUAGAAGAAAAACAACUUCAAUCUGUCAAGAAACUGGUCCAGUGUUACCAGAAUGGAUUUCCUUUAAGGGAUUUAGCACAGAUAUUUAAAAUUCUGAAUCUAUGUACAGGAAAAAUUGAAAACCAGCCUAAUUUCUUAGAAUGUGCUUGUGACAUCUUGAAAUUAUGUGGCUUACCAUUUUUGAAGAAGAAAGUAUCGGAUGAAAUAACAUAUGCUGAAGAUACUGCUAAUUCAAUUGCACUUCUGGGUGAUUUAAUGAAAAUACCAAAUUCUGAUUUGAGGAUACAAAUUUGCAAAUGCAUUGUUAAUUUUUAUCAUGCAGAACCACCAAAGAAGCACAUUACAGGCUACCAGCAAGCUAGUUCAUCAUACAAGAUUCAAAUGGCUGAAGUUGGAGGAUUGGCAAAAUCAAUGGUCCUGGCAAUGGAGCUGCUGGACAAUCAGCUUGUCGAGAAACUCUGGGUACUGAAAGCUCUGCAGCACCUCUCAACCUCUGAAGUUAAUUGUUCUUUCAUGAUGAAAGCACAAGCUGCUUAUGAAAUCUGUGCUCACCUCAAUGAUCCCGAUCCCUCCGGACAACUUCUGUUUCGUUCUUCAGAAAUACUUUGGAACUUACUGGAAAAAUCCUCCAGGGAAGAAAUCGUCCAACAGCUUAGUAAUUUAGAAUGUUUGUUGGUUUUAAAGGAAGUAUUUAAAAAUCUGUUUAUGAGGAGUUAUAGUCAUUAUGAUCGUCAACUAAGAAAUGAUAUAUUAGUGAUCACUACAAUUGUAGCUCAAAACCCUGAAGCACCAAUGAUUGAAAGUGGCUUUACCCAAGAUUUAAUACUAUUUGCAACCUUUAAUGAAGUUAAAAGUCAAAAUCCUUUGGUAAAAGGUCUGAAGCUUACUAAUUCCUAUGAAGAUUUUGAGUUGAAGAAAUUACUAUUUAACAUAAUUGUGAUAUUAUGUAAAGAUUUUUCUACUAUACAGCUCUUAGUUCAUGGCAAAGUCAUCAUGGCUUUAUUUACCUAUGUUAAAAAACCUGAGAAACACAGAAUAAUCGAAUGGUCUGUAGCACAACAUGAAGAAUUACAGCUGCAUGCAAUUGCCACUUUGUCAUCUGUGGCCCCUUUGUUAAUAGAAGAGUACAUGGCAUGCCAGGGAAAUAGUCGAGUACUUUCAUUUCUUGAAUGGUGUGAGAAUGAAGAUCCCUUCCUGAGUCAGGGUAACAGCUUCCACGGUACAGGCGGCCGAGGCAACAAGUUUGCCCAGAUGCGUUACACUUUAAGACUCUUGAGAGCCAUGGUCUCCCUUGAAGAGGAGACAAUAAACAAGGAUCUUUGUGAAAGGGGUACAAUUAAGCAACUGAUAGGAAUCUUUAAAAAUACAAUAAGCAAGGCUAGUGAGAAGGAAGAAUCCAUUGUUUUAGAAAUCCAGUCUGAUAUAUUACUGAUCUUAUCUGGCCUGUGUGAACAUCAAAUUCAGAGGAAGGAACUUUUCGGAACUGAAGGAGUAGAUAUAAUUCUUCAUGUAAUGAAAACAGACCCCAAAAAGUUGCAGAGUGGAUUAGGCUAUAACGUCCUUCUUUUUAGUACAUUGGACAGCAUUUGGUGCUGUAUUUUGGGAUGCUAUUCCUCAGAGGACUACUUUCUUGAAAAAGAAGGCAUUUUUCUCCUUUUGGAUUUAUUAGCAUUGAACCAGAAAAAAUUCUGUAAUCUAAUCCUUGGAAUAAUGGUUGAAUUUUGUGACAAUCCUAAAACCGCAGCUCAUGUCAAUGCCUGGCGAGGGAAGAAGGAUCUUACUGCAGCCAGCCUUUUAAUUAAACUGUGGAGGAAAGAAGAAAAAGAACUAGGAGUAAAACGUGAUAAAAAUGGGAAAAUAGUUGAUACAAAGAAGCCUCUAUUUACUAGUUUCCAAGAGGAGCAAAAAAUCCUGCCACUGCCUGCCAACUGUCCUACAGUUGCAGUUAUGGAUGUUGCUGAGAAUAUCAGAGCAAAAAUUUAUGCUGUGUUGGGAAAACUAGAUUUUGAAAAUUUGCCUGGCCUGUCUGCUGAAGAUUUUGUCACACUUUGUAUCAUACAUCGAUAUCUUGAUUUUAAAAUUGGAGAAAUAUGGAAUGAAAUAUAUGAAGAAAUAAAAUUAGAAAAUUUAAGACCAGUCAGUACAGAUGCAAAAAUUUUGGAAGCAAUUACAACAGCAUCAGAAAAUAUUGGAAAGAUGGUUGUUUCCCUACAGAGUGAGAUGAUUGAAAGCCAAGCACGCCAAGAUGUGCACAACGAACAAAAGAUGUACACAAAAAUACAAGCCACACAUAAACAAAGAGAAUUGGCUAAUAAAUCCUGGGAAAAUUUCUUGGCUAGAACAUCAAAUGCUAAAGCUUUAAAGAAAGCAAAAAGGCUUCAGGAAAAAGCCAUAGAAUCCUCUAGAUACAGUGAGCGACGACCACAAAAUGCAGUAUUUCACCGGACAGAUAUUAAAGGCCUUAAUACAACGGUUACCUCUGGCCGGGUAGUCACAGUGGAAAGUACUCCUACUCGACUAUUAGGAGGACCUCUGGCUGACACAGAUCUUGCCCUGAAAAAACUGCCUAUUCAAGGUGGAGCUUUGCAGAAGGUGAAAGCUGUUAAAAUCAUAGAUGAGUCAAAGAAGAGAACCGACCAGCGCGAGUGGCCCCUGCUUCCGUCACCGGACCCAGAGGAGGGAGCCCGCUCAGGAAUCACUUACCCUGGUCGGCGGCGGCGUGCGCCCCACGCGGGGUCCUGUGCCGCGCGCGGGCUCGAGUUCUUGGGACGCAGGAGGCUCCUGACUCAAAGGAAAAGAGUGAGUCCCAGGCACACACCUAGCCUUCCAGGUCCCUCCCUUUUCCCUGCAGAACUCACCCUUCACCGAACGCUCCCGGCACGCUCACCUAGAGCCCCAGCAGCCGAAGGAUUCCUGGAAAGGUACGGGACUUCCGCGGAUGCGCUGCGCUCCGGAGGUGGAGAUUCUGCUUGGCCAGCGAGCGGCGAUGUGGGGUCUGUGCGGCCUCGCCGGGCCCCGAAGACUCGCACAUCCGCCGGACUCGCGGCUUUUCUAGGUGCUGCGAGCGGGUGGUGA